AUGAGCAACAGCCUGGAAGCAAAGAUAGUCGUCCUCGGGGCCCAAGGAGUAGGAAAGACGAGCCUGGUGCAGCGCUACGUCCGCAACUCGUUCAGCAAGACGGCGCCUGCAUCGACCGUCGGCGCCUCGUUCGUGACCAAGCGGGUGCUCGACUCGACCUCCGACACCAUCGUCCGCCUGCAGAUAUGGGACACCGCCGGCCAGGAGCGCUUCCGCAGCAUCUCGCGCCUCUACUACCGCGGCGCCCACGCGGGGCUGCUCUGCUACGACAUCACCGACGAGCGCAGCUUCGACGAGAUGCGCGGCUGGCUGCUCGAGCUCAAGCAGAACCUGGGCCCGAAUGCUAGUGCUGCUGGCGGUGCUGCUGAGGAUACAGACGGCCUGGUCAUCCACGUCGUGGGCACAAAGUCGGAUAUCGUGGCGGACGACCCGGCCCGCCGACGGGUGCCCUUUGAGCGUACCAUCGCCUACGUCGCCGAGCAGCUGUACCCGUCCCAGGCCUCGACGCCGCCCCCCAGUUCCGGCAUAGGCAGCGCCGGCAGCAACACCAACAACAACAACAACUACUACAGUGGUAGCAUGGCCCCGGACAGCAAGCGGAACAGCGGCUUCUGGGCCCAGGACAUCGGCUGGGACUGCUGCCACGAGAUCAGCAGCAAGGACGGCGAGGGCAUCGACGAGGUCUUCCGCGUCAUCACCCGCAAGCUGGUCGAGCAGCGCAGUCGCCGGGAGCGCCAUGGAGACGCUUCUUCCGGCAGCGGUGUUGGUGGUACUUCUGGCGGUGCUUCCGGUGCUGGUGCUGGUGCCGGUGCUGGUGGGCUUGCUGGCUCGUCUUCCAUCCACUCGCCCGGCAGCAACGGCAGCAUCAGAGCCAGGUCCAGGGCCGGACGCACCUCGGGGGACGCAGACAAGCGCCGCAGCUGGCUCAGCUUCCCGCCGGCCCUCGUUGGCGAUGCAGACGACGACUACGAGCACCACGAUGACAGCGGCCUCGACCUCGCCAUCCAACGCAAACGAUGCUGCUGA